GUAUAUAUAUUUGUGUAUAUAAAUAUGAAUGGUAGGUAGCAGCAAAAUCAGUGUUCGCACAAUCCCUGUCUGCUAAAUAUAUCUGAGACUUCUUCCUCAUCAGUCAGAGAGAAAGACAUCUAGGAAAUUAAUUAAAAAAAAAUAUUUAUAUUAUUAUGGGGACAAUCCGUGAAGGGCACCAGCCUCCAUUGAUCCAAGACCUCAAGGUGACCGUCCACGACACCUCCGUCGUCCUCCCAGCUCAGCCGACGCCCCGGCGGUCCAUGUUCCUCUCCAACAUCGACCAGGUCCUCAACUUUGACGUCCAGACCAUCCACUUCUUCGGGCCGCACCCCGACCACCCUCCCGAUGCUGUGGUCCGAAAGCUCCGCGACGCCCUCUCGCAGAUUCUCGUGCAUUACGACUUCCUGGCUGGAAGGCUAGUGGUCGACCCAGCUGGGAGCGGGCGGCUCGUGUUUGAUUGCAACUCUGCAGGCAUCGGGUUUGUGGUGGCCUCCAGCGAGUACAAUCUGGACGACGUCGGGGACCUGGUGUACCCGAACCCGGCUUUCGAGCAGCUGGUCACCAAGGUGAUAUGUCCCGACGACAAGCCAUUGGGCAUUUUCCAGGUGACAUCGUUCAAGUGUGGAGGAUUUGCAAUCGGAAUUCAGACCAACCACUCCACUUUCGAUGGCCUAAGUUUCAAGAUGUUCCUUGACAACCUCAGUGCUCUUGCGGCUGACAAGCCCCUGCUGUUCGAGCCUUGCAACAAUCGCGAGCUCCUAGCAGCUCGGUCUCCUCCGAGCGUCACAUUCCCCCACCCAGAGCUCAUGAAGCUGGACAUGCUCCCCUGCAGCGGGGCCGACUCUAGUGCUCCCGUAUUCGAGAACACCACCGAGCAUCUCGACUUCAAGAUCUUCCGGCUCACCUCGGAAGACAUUGCCUGCCUCAAGCGCCAGGCUGAGGAUGGUGGCGUCAAACGUGCCUCUGGGUUUAACACGGUUACGGCCCUCGUAUGGAGGUGCAAGGCUUUAUCAGCCGGACAGGGAGAGGCAGGUGAUGACGAGAGGCUGUCGACGCUGCUCUACGCAGUCGACAUCCGAUCGAGACUAAGCCCGCCACUGCCUCAGUCUUAUGCAGGCAAUGCGGUGCUGACUGCCUAUGCAACGGCCUCCUGCAAGGACCUCAGGGCAGGCCCGCUCUCAUUACUGGUGGAGAUGGUUAAGGAGGGGUCAGCUAGGAUGACGGACAAGUAUGCGAGGUCGGCCAUAGACUGGGGGGAGCUCUACAAGGGGUUCCCGAACGGGGAGUUCCUUGUGUCAUCGUGGUGGCGGCUCGGGUUCGCCGACGUGGAGUACCCAUGGGGCAGGCCUCGGUACAGUUGCCCGCUGGUGUACCACCGCAAGGACAUUAUCCUUCUCUUUCCCGACAUUGAUCCCGCCCUGCAGAACGACAAUGUCAACGUGUUGGUGGCACUUCCGCCUGACGAGAUGGCCAAGUUCCAGUCCCUCUUUCACAAGUUCUUGCAGGAGUCCGUGUGAUUGAGCUUACUUCUUGAUCUGUGAGAUGCAUAUAUAAAGUUCCACAAAAUAAUACAUCCAUAUAUAUACACACAUAUAUAAUAUAUGUAUACAUAUUAUAAGUUUUAGUUUUUACAUAUAAUUUUAAUUGCAGGUGCAAUAUGUUUUUCUGGGGAAACCGCAGAUGCAAUAUAUUAGUGUAUGUCAUGCGUGUUUGCUCUAAUUUGGAGUCUCAGCCGCUCAAUUAUAUUUGUAAUUGCAAUAUAUGUAACAAGCCGGCAUGGAUUACAAA